UUUUUCGUUUUCAAUCGGUGACAUGUUUUUUGACAUGACCGAAAUUAGAAAUCAUCGAAAAAUGAAUGGACGGAUGCGUUGUUUCGCUCUUUAACUGACAUCUCAUUGAUAAUGGGUAUCAUAGAAAAAAUAGGUUAUAUAGCGAUCUUUUACUGGAGCUACAAGAUCUAUCAAGGAAUAAUACGUAAAUUGAUCAAUAGAUUUUCGAAUAAUAAGAAAAUUGAUUUAUUAUCGAUGGGUAAAUGGGGAAUGGUAACUGGUUGUUCACAUGGCAUUGGAAAAGCAUAUGCCGAAGCACUUGCAAAAGCAGGAUUAAAUGUUGUUUUAAUAAGUCCCGAUACGGAAAGUUUGAAAAUAUUUGCCAACGAAAUUGAAGCUCUUUGCAAUGUUAGAACAAAAAUAAUAAGAUUAGAUUUUUCUGAGGGAAUGGAAACAUACCGUGCUAUAGAGAAGGAAAUAUUAAAUUUAGAGGUGGGCGUAUUGGUGAAUAAUCUUGGUAUUUCCUAUCCUCAUCCUGAAUAUUUCCUGGAUUUACCACACAAGGAUAAAAUUUAUAUGAAUAUUAUACAUUGUAAUAUCGUUGUUGUAACGAACAUGUGUCGAAUAGUAUUACCACAAAUGGUAUUACGUGGUAAAGGUGUUGUAGUAAAUAUCUCAUCUAGCGUGGCCUUAAUGCCAUGUCCAUUAUUGACCGUUUUCGCAGCAACGAAAGCGUAUGUCUUAAAAUUCAGCAGAGAUUUGCAAAUCGAAUAUGGCAAACGUGGUAUAAUCGUACAAUGUCUUUUACCUGGAACCGUAACCAAUCAUACGAUGGAUUCACCAAAAGCUGGCUGGAUGAUACCAACACCAGAUGAAUAUGUUCAAAGUGCAAUAAAAACUAUCGGAAAGGAAAUUGUCACAACGGGCUUCAUUCCACAUUCCUUAUUAAUUGGCAUGGUCAAACUGAUAUAUCAUUUUUCUCCAAAAUUAAUACUAAUAUGGAUGAUAAGCGUUAUGGAGAAUAAUCGUAAUAAUAUGUUACAACGAUAUCUUGCUUAAUAUCAUAAUCUUCACAUUAUCAUUUUUUCGAAUUUUUUCCUCUGUGCACUUUUCACUAUGCCGAUCAAAUUAUCUCGAUAAAUUAAUUAUUGC